AUGUCGGGUAGGAAACCCGGAAACUAUGGCCGUGGCAAUGUGAGGAGUCCGCCCUACGGACGGAAGCCCUCGUCUGGGACUCCGCCAGGUAUGUCGUUUCCCAAAAUCUCCACGGCUCCGAGUGAAAGGAGAAAGUUAAUGUUGGGUAGGAUUCUUCGCAUUGGGUCCAUGGUGUGAUGUCUGUUGCAAGUUACUGGUCAUCAUACUGUUCUUCGUGAGCGUCUUUACCGUCAUAUCGACGGCGUGGGAUUGGAGGACGAGCUUGUUUGAUAGGCCGGUGGAUAGUGCUGCUGCGUCGAGUUCUUAUGAGAAGGUAACGCCGUUGUUUGAAUCGCCCGUCAGGGUGGAUACUGGGAAGUCGACGAGUGAGAAGAAGGAAUCUGGAUGGGAAAGUAGUGGUUGGGAAUCCACACCAAAGGAACCUACGACGCAGAAACCAUCAGAACCUGCCAUCCCACACACAUCACCACACUCCCAAACCACAGAUCCCCUCUCGCACAACGGUCCAACGACUCUCGAUCUCUCGGCACCAAUCCCCAAAGUCACAGAGCUAACCACCCACCAUGGCCCAACACCCCCAACCCCCCUCUCCCCAGCCAACACGCUCCUCCCCGCUCUACAAAAACACUGCAACUACUUUCCCCCCCUCCCAACUGCACUCUCCUCCCUCUUCCCCAUCGACGGCCUCCCCAUGUCCAACGACCACGACAUCUUCGCCCACCUCAUCAACACAGGUCUCACGCUCUACCGGGCGCCCAUCUUCAACCUGCCGCUUAUCCGCUCGCGGCUCUUGCCUCAAGCUAGAGUCAUCGCCUCGUUACUCGAACCCCAGAUCUUAAGGAAGAAUCUUGCGGCUUCGGUGGAGGGGAAGAAGGAGGUAGGGGAGGUGAAGAAAGCGUUGGAGGAGUUUAUGAAUUCUUUCCCUGGAGCGAGGUUUGGCGGGAAGGUGCAGAGGGUUGAUGGGGUGUUGGAGAGGGAGUUGGAGGGGUUUAAGGUUGUGUUGGGGGGGGGAUGGGAAUGGGAAUGGGCAUGGGAAUUUGAAAGCGGGAGGGAAAGGGAAGAGGGGGUGGAUAUCUACCGUCUUCGGGAAUGGACAUUCAAAUAA